AUGGACGACCUCGAAGCACUUGAGCACUUGUCGCUCGUCUCAAAAGUGGCUUCCGAGAUUCAGAAUCAUAUGGGCAUUAGCGACAAGACCAUCGCCGAGUUCGUCAUUGCCCAACAUGAACAGUCCAAGAACCUCGACGAAUUCAAGACGAAGCUGUCCGAGUUCGACUUCUCAGCAACUCUUGCGACCGCAAUCGAUCGCCUGGUGCUCACCAUGCACCCCAAGUACAAGUCGAAAGCCAAAACGCAAGCGCAUACCGACCAUGAGGACGAGCGAGAUCUUGAUGGCGAAAGAGACAGGAAAACAAGAGUCUUCAAGGGACUGGUGAUACCGGACAAAGAUGUUGCAUUCGAUGACCAAGACGACAAGACGCCGCAAGAGGAGGAUUCAAAACUGGACGCAAUGGACGACACUUUUGCUCUUCUCGAAGGAUUGGCAGGCGCGGGUAAGCCCAAGCCGAAGCCCAGCGCUCCUCGCAAGCGUAGCGUGAGCCCAGUGGCAGAGGAUGAAUACGAUGACCGCCGGAGCAAGAAGUCACGAAGGCGAUCCCGCUCUCCUGAACAAAGACACGAUGACUACGUAUUCGAGGACGAAUUUGGCAGGACCCGUAUAUGGCGCAAGCCUGAUGAGGAUACCGAUCGCAAAAGCAGACAUCGACAGAGAAGUCGUAGUGGAGACCGACACCGACGCGCACCGACGCCCGAAAUCGACGAUUCACCAGUGUUAUACAAGAUCUACGAUGGUAGAGUUACGGGAAUCAAAGAUUUCGGUGUCUUUGUAAAUCUGUAUGGAGUCAAGGGCAAGGUCGAUGGCCUGGUGCACAUUUCUGCCAUGGCCGAGGGUAAGGUCAACCACCCCUCUGAUCUGGUAUCUCGCAACCAAGAAGUAAAGGUCAAAGUCAUGAAGCUGCAAGACAACCGCAUCAGUCUAUCCAUGGCUGAAGUUGACCAAGUAACUGGACAAGACUUUGCUCCUCACAAGCGUAUUGGUGCUGCUACUGGUGCGAAUGCUUUGGGUAUGAACGGAGAUGAACGCUACGGUAACCUUACCUCAAACGUACCCGUGAUUGAAGGCAACAUGAAUCAAAAACGCAACAGAAAAAGAAUGACAUCUCCAGAGCGUUGGGAGAUCAAGCAAUUGAUUGCUUCUGGUGCAAUCUCGGCCCAAGAGUAUCCUGACAUUGACGAAGACUACAACGCAGCACUCAGGGGCGAGGAGAUCGAAGAAGAGGAGGAUGUUGAUAUUGAAGUCAGGGAAGAGGAGCCGCCAUUCUUGGCUGGGCAGACAAAGCAGUCUCUGGAGCUUUCUCCUAUUCGAGUCGUCAAAGCACCCGAUGGAUCGAUGAACAGAGCGGCUAUUGCUGGAGAUGUCCUUGCCAAGGAGCGUCGAGAUUUGAAACAACAAGAAGUUAGAGACAAGGCUGCGAAGGAAAACUCUGGAGUCGAUUUGCAAGCACAGUGGAAUGACCCAAUGGCAAAUCCGGAACAACGACAGUUUGCCAGCGACCUGCGUCAGGCUCGUCAAAAUGAUGGAGAAGUCCCGGAAUGGAAGCGUAUUGCCUCGCACAGCAAGACUCAGUCCUUUGGUAAACGCACCAACAUGUCGAUAAAGGACCAACGUGAGAGUUUACCUGCUUUCCAAUUCCGGAAACAGUUCUUGGAGGCUGUCGCAGGCUAUCAACUUUUGAUUGUCGUCGGAGACACUGGAUCUGGAAAAACGACUCAAUUGACACAGUAUCUUGCCGAGGAAGGUUACGCCAACUCAGGCGUGAUUGGAUGUACACAACCUCGUCGUGUCGCUGCUAUGUCGGUGGCUCAGCGUGUGUCUGAAGAAGUCGGAUGCCGUCUGGGAGAAGAGGUUGGUUACACCAUUCGUUUUGAGGACAAGACGUCAAGCAACACCAAGAUCAAGUACAUGACAGACGGUAUCAUGCAACGUGAGAUUCUCCUAGACCCUGAGCUAAACAGAUACUCUGUUAUUAUGCUUGAUGAGGCUCACGAGCGUACGAUUGCGACCGAUGUUCUGUUCAGUUUGCUCAAAAAGACGUUGAAGAAGCGACCUGACAUGAAGUUGAUUGUCACAUCAGCUACCUUGGACGCAGCAAAGUUCUCGGAGUACUUCAACCAAUGCCCUAUCCUUACCAUUCCUGGUCGUACCUUCCCUGUCGAGAUCAUGUACUCUCGCGAACCCGAAUCAGAUUACCUCGACGCCGCUCUUACCACAGUCAUGCAAAUCCACCUUACCGAACCACCAGGCGACAUUCUGCUCUUCUUGACUGGUAAAGAGGAGAUUGAUACAUCUUGCGAAAUUCUCUACGAGCGGAUGAAGGCGCUGGGUCCGAGUGUACCAGAACUCAUGAUUCUCCCUAUCUACGGAGCUUUACCAAGCGAAAUUGCCAGUAAGAUCUUUGAGCCUGCGCCGGUGGGUACUAGAAAGGUUGUUAUCGCAACGAAUAUCGCCGAGACGUCCAUCACCAUUGACGGCAUCUACUUCGUCGUGGAUCCUGGUUUCGUGAAGCAGAGCGCAUACGAUGCUAGACUUGGUAUGGACCGUCUUCAGGUGACCCCUAUCUCACAGGCUCAGGCACGUCAACGUGCUGGACGAGCUGGCAGAACGGGACCUGGAAAAUGUUUCCGUCUGUACACCGAAGCCGCUUAUCAAUCCGAGAUGCUGCCGACUACUAUUCCUGAGAUUCAACGUCAAAAUCUUGCUAGCACCAUCUUGACACUGAAGGCUAUGGGUAUCAACGACUUGCUUCACUUUGACUUUAUGGACCCGCCACCAACAAAUACCAUGUUGACGGCACUCGAAGAACUCUAUGCAUUGUCAGCCCUCGAUGACGAAGGAUUGCUUACCCGACUUGGUAGACGUAUGGCCGACUUCCCGAUGGAACCAACGCUUGCCAAGACGACAAUCAUGUCGGUUGACUUGGGAUGCUCUGAUGAGAUUCUGUCAAUCGUGGCCAUGAUCUCGGCAGUGCAGACUGUCUUCCACAGACCCAAAGACAAGCAAGACCAGGCAGACAAGAAGAAGGCCAAGUUCCACGAUGCAUCGGGUGAUCAUCUGACUUUGCUCAACGUGUACAAUGCAUGGAAGCAAAGCAGAAUGAGCGAUCCUUGGUGCUUCGAGAACUUUAUCCAGCCGCGAAGCAUGAAGAGAGCAGAGGAUGUGCGCAAGCAAUUAGUACAGAUCCUCGACCGUCUUCGGCUUCGCGUAGUCAGUUGCGGUCGCGAUACAACACGGGUUCGCCAAGCACUCUGCAGUGGCUUCUUCAGAAACUCGGCUCGCAAGGAUCCCCAAGAAGGAUACAAGACGUUGAUCGAAGGCACGCCAGUGUACAUGCAUCCUUCAUCGGCGCUGAACCGCAAGGCUGCUGAACAUGUCAUCUACCACAGCUUGGUGGAAACGACCAAGGAGUACAUGCACAAUGUUACAGUGAUUGAGCCUAAAUGGCUUGUGGAAGCAGCACCGACAUUCUUCAAGGUUGCUGGUAAGGAGGGUGGACUCAGUAAGAGAAAGCGGGCUGAAAGAAUCCAGCCCCUCCACAAUAGAUUUGCGGGUGAAGACGACUGGAGAUUGAGUGCGCAGAAGAAGCAGGGCAGAGGAGGUGGUGGAACUUGGGGUUAA